AUGUCGACCAAAAGCAGCAGCACCACCACCUCUUCCACCUUCUCUACCAACGCCAAUACAACCCCUGCUGCUCCCUACCUUCUUACGAGCCAGUCCCCCUUGCCUUCCCUUCCCUCUCCGCCCGGCGUCAACGUUCGCUUCCCAUCUGCUAUCGGCCUCAAAAGCAUGGAGAGAGCGAAACCCGUUGCAAUGAGCUCCGAAAUCAUGGACUUUGUCGGCCGUUAUCAAACCUUACAGGGUUAUCAAGCUGCCAGCGACCAGUUGAUGAAGGACCUUUUGAUAUAUGCCAAAGAGAUUGAGCGUACAAUUGGAGAAGAAAACAGAAUCCUCAAGCAGAAGCUACGCAACGCCGAGCUCGAUCUUGACCAUGCCACCAUUUCGAGAAGAGAGAUGCAGCAGACGCUUUCAGGCCUUGAGUCAGAUAACAACUAUCUCAAGAACCGCAAUCCCUACGUCUUGAUACUUAUUGAUGGCGAUGGCCUUCUUUUCCAAGAAACAUACAUCAAGCAGGGUAUUGAGGGUGGCAAGCAAGCGGCCUAUGCCCUUCGAUCCGCCGUCGCCGAAUACGUUGGCAGCCAAUCCGGCGAAGUUGAGAUUAUCGCCAAAGUUUGCGCAAACAUGUCGGGCCUCGCAAGAGCCAUGCGCCGUGACGGCUGCUUGGAUAGCGAGUCCGAACUCAAGGAGUUUUCGUUAGGCUUUACACAAGCUAAAGCUUCAUUUGAUUUCAUAGACGUCGGUCACGGUAAGGAACGUGCCGACUCGAAAAUCAAAGAGGCUACGCGAUGGCAUUUGAGAAACUACAAUUGCAGACAGAUUUUGCUGGGCAUCUCCCACGACGCAGGAUACGCCCCGUUCCUUGACGAGAUCCUUCAGGAUGCGGAUACCCGCGCGAGAGUGAGCCUUAUUGAGGGCUUUGCAACGGUCAGAGAGCUGAAAAAUACCAAUGUCCACAUUUUGGAUCCUCUCCCCAGCCUUUUCCGAAACCAAAAACUCAUUGACCGAAGUGGUGAUCGCUCGGCUGAAUCCACCUACUUCAAACCGACGACCACGUCGCCGACUCUUGCUGUUUCUUCGCCAGCCUCCGCCACUACACCCUCCUCUUCUUCCUGGGCCGGCGUCACCAAAGCGAGCCCACCUCCUCAAAUCACAACCCCGUUAGCUAACAAAAACGUCAACAUCCCAAUUCGAACAGCCUCUCAGCCGAAACCGCAAACUCCAACAUGGAAUCCUGGCGAGCGCGGGAUUGAUCCCCCGAUCCCUAUUAACCAGUCAGCUCUGGAGAACAUCAAGAAACGAACUGGAGCCGCAAAGCUAUGCAACAACCACUACCUCCGUGGACCCUGCGCCAAGGGUGACGAAUGCUGCUUUGAGCACAAGUAUCGUCCUAACGCAGACGAAAUCAAUGCCAUUGCUCAUUUGACCCGCCUGAACCCCUGCACCAGUGGUCAGGAGUGCGACGUCGAAAACUGCAUUUAUGGACAUCACUGCCCCAGCGUGGUCGGCAGCACUUGCACCCAUCCAUUUUGCAAGUUCCGCAUUACUGACCACCCCCCUGGUACGAAAUUCAAGAAUGCCAAGAUCCACGAGAACUAG